AUGGCUGGCGCCAACACGGAGCAACCCGCUGGCACAAGGCGGAACAGGACGAGCGAGGCCGGCCCCGCAGCGAGGCGUGCCUCCAGAGCGACAGACACCAACACCGAAGAGCGAGUUGCCGUCUGGGAUGCGGUGGCUGCCUACGUACAGGAGCACCUCCUGGUGCAGAAGGGGGUCUGGAUUCCCACCUUCGGCUCAUUUGACACCAUCUCUAAAGACAUCAGGACUGCGGACGGGACCGUGACUCUGCGGUGGCCUGUGUUUCAGCUGGCCAGGAACCUCAGAGCCAUGCACCACCUCGGGUCCGACAAGGACUCCCUGCCAGCCCAUAGGGAGGUGGAGACCCUGAAAUACAGCGAGGUGGCUGCCGCUGCCUCUGUGACCUGGCAGAGAGGGAAGACCUGCAUCCAAAGCACCGUGUCCCUCCUCUCCAACUGCCUCAAGAAUGGGGAGAACGUUGCCUUUGUCCUGAAAGACAUAGGAGUGCUCCUCUUUGAAGGCAUGAGCUUUGGAAUUAAAUACUAUUACGACUUCCUUGAGAAGCUCUCCGGGAAGGAGAAAUUCAGAAAAGUUGUUUUCAAGGCCCCCUGGCUGCUGGACACGCUGGUGUCCCGGGUGGCACCGGUGGCCUCCCUGACGCACUCUGGCCGCCUCGUCGUCUUCCCCAUGUUUCAGAAGCAGGUUGCACCCAAACCACCGCCCAGGAUAUUCCGCAAGGCCUCCGGAGAUCUCCAUGGUGAGGGGAAGCAAAAGAAAGAAGGGGCUUUGCCACCUCUUGUCCAGGGCAAGAAAGUGAGGUUUGCUGAAGUGCCAACGUACAUCAGACGCUUCAGCGUUGCAAGUACUGCUGGACAAAGCUCAAGAAGCAGAAGAAGCUUACAGCAGGAGAGCUUUUCGUCCAGUCCGCUGCCAGCGAUCCUGAGAACGUCUGAAGCCCGCGAGCAGCCGGUGACCUGGCAGCCGCAGGGCCAGGCAGGAAACGAAGGCCAAGAACACCUGGGCCAAACAACGGGAAAAAAACAUGUCCGGUUCCGCGGAGAUGAACAAGGAGCGGGAGAGGACCGUGAGGCUGGAGCGGCGGCCAUGUGGAAAGCAAAGGCCUCGCACCCUCAGGUUGCCGGGAGGCAGGUGGCAUCUCACAUCAAAGACAGGAGAUGUUCAUUAAGAGCUGAGUCCAGCCUGUCCAGGGAUACCAAAGGCCUUGCAUUCCGGCCACCGUUACUGCCACGUGACUCUGUCAAACUACUCAGGCAGAGGCAGAUGGCCAAGAAGGACAGGCCGGCGCAGGCAGAACCUCAGGAGAUGGCGGCAUCACCGUCUCACCGUGAGUGCAGCCUGCCUGAGGAGCCCUCCACCUGCAGAUCUGGUUUGCUGCCACCCACACGCAACAGACCAGAGUCUCCCAAGACUCCGCCUCCAAGGACCACAGCCCCGCGCCGCAGGCCGCCAACACCCUACCCGUUUCUGCCACGUGACUCUGUCAAACUACUCAGGCAGAGGCAGAUGGCCACGAAGGACAGGCCGGCACAGGCAGAACCUCAGGAGACGGCGGCAUCACCGUAUCACCUUUGGAUCUGGGAGGCGUCCAUUUCCUUUGCUUAUGAUGAAGGCACGGAAGCGAUGCGGGCGCACACUAAGGUCACAAGUGUUGCAGGGGUGGGAGCGUUUGUGCCACAGCUGACAUUGAAAAGGAAGGAGAGCGCAGACUUCACAGAGCGCAACUUGCGCCUCACUGCCCCACGGAUGGCCGGGCUAGGCGGCCGCGAUGGAGUCACCACAGCGACACAGAGGAGCAAUGCCGGGUAA